AUGACGUUCUACCAAGCACUCGACUUUCACCAAGGCGAGAAGUUGAUGCAGAGGAAGCUACAUGUGCCCGAGAUGGAUAAUCCCACCAUACCGAUGCUAUCGCCUCAAGCUUCUAACAUGCUACAACGCGCACCAUUAUUGGCAUUCGGCACUCUAGACUCCGAAGGACGGCCUUGGACGACCGUAUGGGGAGGUCGUACCGGAUUCUCUCGACCGUUGGGAAACAGCACGAUUGGCAUCCGGACUUUUGUCGCAUUGAAGCUAGACCCAGUGGUAGAAGCUUUGGUAGGUCAAGGCGUGGAGGGCGAGAUUGUGAAGGAAGAGGGAGAAGGUAGAUUACUCAGCGGACUGGCCAUUGACCUGGACACCAGAAAGAGGGUCAAGCUCGCCGGAAGAAUGGUCGCAGGUACUCUUGGUAGUGUCCACGAAGAUGAUACGGCAAAGGACGAUUCACGGCAAGGCGUGUUGCAAAUCGUUGCACGUAUCGACGAAACCUUGGGCAACUGUCCGAAGUAUCUGAACAGACGCGAGGUAUCACCAGCGACUACAGACCCGAAACUCAUCUCGGACUCUGUCCCUUUAGGCGAACGGGCAGUCGAACUUGUUCACAAAGUGGAUCUGAUGUUCCUUAGCACAAGCAGCGGAUCUAGCAUGGACACAAACCACCGGGGUGGUCCACCAGGCUUCGUACGCUGUCUUUCAGGAGAAGAUGGCUACACACGAUUCGUAUACCCAGAGUACUCUGGCAACCGUCUAUACCAAAGUCUGGGAAACUUGAUGCUAGAACCUAAAGCUGGUUUCUGCUUCCCAGACUUCGAGACUGGUGACUGUCUCUAUGUGACCGGUACCACAGGGGUCCUGUUCGGGAAGGAAGCAGCGGAAGUCAUGCCUCGCUCAAACCUGGCAGUGCGCGUCACCAUCACAGCAGCUCGUCUGGUUGCAUCAGUACUCCCAUUCAGAGGCAAUACUGGCGAGUACUCACCAUAUAAUCCCGUCGUGCGGUAUCUUGCCACCGAGCAAGCAAGUGGACGGACAACAGCCCAGAAUUCGAACCAAGUUACCGCGAAGCUGCUUGCCCAGACAUCGCUCACACCGACCAUUUCGCGCUUCAAAUUCGCGUUGUCGAAUGCAACUUCCUAUACCGCGGGCCAGUAUGUCACAAUCGACUUUUCGGAACACAUGGAUAUUGGGUAUUCGCACAUGCGAGAUGACGACCCGCGUAGCCUAAACGAUGAUUUUGUUCGCACAUUCACCGUGUCCUCACCUCCUGGUAUGCCACCACACCCGAGCAAGCGUCUUGCUGAUGAUGAGUUUGAGAUCACAAUUCGCAAGGUUGGUGUAGUGACCGACUUCCUGUUCAAACACGGAUUGGGUCCCACAGCAAAAGGGUCUGAACUUGAAGUCGGAAUCAAAGGCUUUGGAGGAUCGUUUGUGGUUGAGCAGACUGGAGAAGACUCAGCUGUUGCGUUCAUUGCUGCCGGAGUAGGUAUAACACCUUUGAUGCCCUGUCUGCCGGCAAUCAAGCUGAAGAAUCUUCGACUGUUCUGGACCUUGCGAGCAGCCGAUCUUAACGUUGCUGUGGAUAUGGUCGAGGAAACACAAGAUCUGGCUUUGAGUCUCACUCUGUUCGUCACUGGCAUCUCUUCCGGAAACAAAGAGCAGGACGCAGCCAUGGACACACUAAAGAGUUCCGGUGUACAGAUUGUGCCGCGUCGUAUGGAUAGAUCUGACCUUGACGGACUGUCACUGAAGAUUGAGAGAUGGUAUGUCUGCACGGGCACGAAGCAGAGAAGCAUUAUCCUGGAAUGGUUGAGCGGCCAGGAAGUGGUCUACGAAGAUUACAACUUCUAA